CCUGCUCUCUCCUCAUUUUCCCGAAACCCUAAUUCUUACACUCAGGAACCAUGCCGCCAAAGCUUGAUCCGUCGCAGGUGGUGGAGGUCUACGUCCGGGUCACCGGAGGCGAGGUCGGCGCUGCCAGUUCUCUCGCUCCCAAAAUCGGUCCUCUCGGUCUCUCUCCAAAGAAGAUUGGAGAAGACAUUGCAAAGGAGACAGCCAAGGACUGGAAGGGUUUACGAGUGACGGUGAAGCUGACCGUCCAGAAUCGUCAGGCGAAGGUUGCGGUUGUUCCAUCGGCGGCUGCGCUUGUCAUCAAGGCCUUGAAGGAGCCGGAACGGGAUCGGAAGAAGACGAAGAACAUCAAGCAUAAUGGAAAUAUUUCUCUGGAUGAUGUGAUUGAGAUUGCGAAGAUUAUGAAGCCGAGAUCGAUGGCGAAGGAGCUUGCUGGGACGGUGAAGGAGAUUCUGGGUACGUGUGUGUCGGUUGGAUGUACCGUCGAUGGAAAGGACCCGAAGGAUUUGCAGCAGGAGAUUAACGAUGGAGAUGUUGAAAUUCCUCAGGAUUAAGAAGGAGGUUUAUCUUUUUGUUUUGUUUCCUAGACUUUUUGCAUUGUUGAAGAUUUUGUUCAAUGGAUUUAGUAUUUGAGUAAUUGAGAUGUUUUAUAUGCUGGUUAAGAUUUUCUGUUAUUGUUUAAUUAUAGUUUUUUUCCUUA